ACUGCAGGGUUAGGUAUUGCUGUUAGUAGAAUGGUGUGUGAGGAUGAUGAUAUUGAUGAUUGUGAUAAAACUGUAUUUGACUGGUGUAAAGAUGGUAAUGUCGAUAAAGUUAAAACCUGUUUAAAUGAGAACACUCUUAAUGUAGAUAAAUUAGAUGAAGAGGGAAUGAGUUUGUUACACUGGGCCUGCGAUAGAGGUUUAUAUGAUAUGGUUGAAAUAUUAUUGCAAUAUAACGCUGAUAAAAAUUUACAAGACUCAGAUGGACAAUCACCUUUACAUUAU